UGCACACAGACACAGACACACACACACACUCAGUUACUCAGCCCUGUGUGGACGUGAAGGCAGCACUCAGCAGAUCUCUCCUCCAGCUAGACGGUGUUCUGCGUCUCUCCUGCAGAGACUGAAGGGUCAGGUAGAUGGACAAGAAACCUGUAAAGAAGACAAGUGUGCAGAAUGGCAGUGCCCCCCUCUCACACCCCCCAAAGGAGGAGAAAGCCACCAUGCUUCAGAAAGAGGUAGGCCUGGUGAGCGGAGUGUGUUUGAUCGUGGGGACGAUGAUUGGUUCCGGAAUCUUCAUCUCCCCAAAAGCCGUGCUGGUUGGAACAGGAGCCGUGGGACCCUGCCUGUGUGUGUGGGCCGCCUGUGGAGUACUCGCAACACUGGGGGCCCUAUGCUAUGCAGAACUGGGCACUAUGAUCCCGAAGUCCGGUGGUGAGUAUCCGUAUCUGAUGGAGGCGUUUGGGCCAGUUUGGGCGUUCCUCUAUUCCUGGACCACCAUCCUCAUCGUGAAGCCUGCAUCCUUCGCCAUCAUCGCCCUCAGCUGUGGCGAGUAUGCCGCCACACCCUUUUACCCAGGAUGCACCCCUCCUCUGCUCGUCACCAAGAGCUUCGCCGCCGCCACCAUCUUUCUGAUCUGCCUGGUGAAUUGUCUGAGUGUGAAGUUGGCCAGCUACAUCCAGAACUUCUUCACUGCUGCCAAACUCUUCAUCAUCCUCAUCAUCGUGGUGGCUGGGAUUGUGCUACUGGCUCAGGGAAACACACAGAACCUGACAAAUGCAUUUGACGGGGGGGCCACUUCUUUUGGAGCCAUAGGACUGGCUUUCUACAACGGCCUUUGGGCUUAUGGUGGGUGGAAUCAGCUGAACUUUAUCACAGAGGAGCUGAAAAAUCCCCACAGAAACAUGCCACUGGCCAUCAUCAUAGGUAUCCCUCUGGUGACUGUGUGUUACGUGCUCGUCAACAUCGCCUACUUCAGCGCCAUGACGCCCACUGAGCUUCUGCAGUCUCCCGCUGUCGCUGUGACGUUUGCUGACCGCGUGCUGUACCCCCUGUCAUGGGUGGUGCCUCUCUUCGUGGUCUUCUCCACGUUUGGGGCGGCCAAUGGGAGCUGCUUCACCGCAGGCAGGCUGACGUAUGUGGCUGGGCGGGAGGGUCACAUGAUAAAGAUUCUGUCCUACAUCAGUCUCAAAUACUACACCCCAGCUCCUGCUCUCAUUUUUAACGGAUUCCUGGCCUUCCUGUACAUUCUCCCAUCGGAUAUCAACACUCUGAUUAACUACUUCAGCUUCGCCAGAUGGGGCUUCAGUGGCCUCACGGCCCUCGCUCUCAUAGUCAUGAGAUUCACACGGAGAGACCUGCACAGACCUGUUAAGGUCCCGGUGAUGAUUGCGGUGUUGGUGGUGGUGGUGUCUGUGUACCUGGUGUUGGCCCCAAUCAUAGAUAAGCCAGAGCUGGAGUAUCUCUACUGCACCAUCUUCAUCCUCAGUGGCCUCAUCUUCUACCUGCUCUUCAUCCACUACAAGUUCCAGUGGAGUCACACAAUCAUGCGGCCAAUCACCAUGCACCUGCAGCUGCUGAUGGAGGUGGUUCCCCCAGAGAAGAUGAACUGAAGAGCAGCACAAUACCCCCCCCCCCCCCCCACACACACACACACACACACACAAAUCAGUCAAAAAAAUGCAUUCUUGCUGAAAAGGGAAUCAAUACUGCAGGGUCAGGUUAUGCCACCAGAGCACAUACUGUCAUACUGUCAUUUGGAGAAAUGACUACAGUGUGUCCAGACUAUUCAGAAGCGUCCUUGUUUGUUCAGAUCAUGAAAACCCAUAUAGGGGUGUCUAGACCAUUUAGACCCAUAUAGGGAUCUAGACCAUUCAGACCCAUAUAGGGAUCUAGACCAUUCAGACCCAUAUAGGGAUCUAGACCAUUCAGACCCAUAUAGGUGUCUAGACCAUUCAGACCCAUAUAGGAAUCUAGACCAUUCAGACCCAUAUAGGUGUCUAGAUCAUUCAGACCCAUAUAGGUGUCUAGACCAUUCAGACCAAUAUAGGGGUGUCUUGAUCAUUCAGAGUCAAAUUAGCGUCUCUGGAGAAUUCAGAACCAAACAAUAAGUAUUCUUCCCCUGGGCAUAUGCUACUGGACACACAAGCUGAUGCCAAUCCCAGCACUCACAGGUUGGGUCUAGCAGUGCUGUGCAUUCUAAUGAAUAUAGUGACAUGUUGUGUAAUGUGUUCUUUAUCAUUUAUUACCGUUGUUGAGAAAAGAGAGCAAUAAAUGUAUAAGGCCAA